AUGAAACCAAGAGAUUACUGUUGCUGCGCAAUCCCCCUGGUCAAUCCUGGCAUCUACACCACAUUGACAGAACAAUUUCUUCUUGCACUCAUCGUUGGCACCCUCUCAGUCAGCACUCCCGUCAUCGUCGGCGCGGCAACUCCUUCAUUUGCGAAGUGGAUAUUGGCGGUCGUGUGCUAUGUCGGGGCUGUUAUUCAAGUGCUAGGAUUCAUGGGAGUGAAGCAGGAGAAGGCUACCCUCUACCGGCGAUAUGUCACCUUACAUUACGGAGCAACUACGGCGGUGUUCGCAGUGGCUGCUGUAUGGGUGAUCAUAUCAGCUGCAAGGCAUUCAACAGCUCAAACCACCUGUGAAAACACCUUCUUCCCCUCGACAAACUCAUCUAGCACAUCCUCUGAGGGUCAGACUCUUUGCGACAUCUUCUCAUGGGUCGAUGUCGGCUUGAUGGGCGGUGCCUGGGUGUUCUUUGCUAUUGUUCAGGGUUAUCUGUUGAUGGUGGUGUCAUCUUACGGUUCUUCCCAAAGAGAGGAUCACGAAAAGUACGGUCUUCUGCACGACCCCAGCCAGCCAUUCGGCGACGACAUCCCCAUGGCAGACCGUGGCGACCCCUGGGAUUCAAGAUAUUCCACUGAUGCUGGCGCACUUGGACACAUAAGGAACGAAAGCACCGCUUCCCAGGUGGCGAACGCGCCGAUGCAGCGAUACAAUGACAACACCAGUUAUAUGCCCGAAAGACAGUUAUCGCAAGGAAGCCGCAGUAACCAGCUUUCCGCAGCCAAUACCUUCCGACAGCCUUCCUCAGCAUAUACCCAGAACCCUCAACCAACACCACAGUACAACUAUUUUGGCGGCGCAGAGGGACCUGUUGACCGUCCUCUUCCCAGCCAGCCUCAUCCUGCCGAGGGAUCAUUUGGCCGGAAGGCUCCUCGCCUAGCCAAGGCUCCGCCAUACGCCAUGUACUAG